UUUAAGAUUUUUCGUUUUUCAGAUAUAGAUGAGUGUGCAAGCAACCCUUGUUCUAACGGCGGAACGUGCGUGGACAAACUGAACGGCUACUCCUGCGCAUGCCCCAAAGGCGUUGCCGGUGAAAACUGCGAAACAGUGCUGGAUAUGGGUGCCUGCUACCAGUUCUCCCUCCACGCCGUCUCCUAUGGUGACGCGUCCCAGUCCUGUGGAGCGGGGGGAGGUUACCUGGCGGAUGUCAGGAAGGCCGAGCAGCAGCAUCUCAUCGGCAACGCCAGCACUACCGGAAGUGACGUCUCCCUCUGGAUCGGGAUCAAGGUCCCACCAGUGACUCUCACCUACAGCGAUGGAUCCAGCGUUUCAGAUGAGUUGGAGUGGGCAUCAAGUCAGCCUGCCUCGCCAUGUGACCUGUGCGUCCUUUUGGACUCAAGCAGCAACUAUCAGGCCAUAACAACACCCUGUGGGGAGCAGCACAACUAUGUCUGUCAAGCUGAACCCAAGCCAUGCGGACAGGACAUCUGCCACAACGGAGGGAACUGCAGCUCGUGUUUCGAUGGGUCUUACAACUUCUGCGCAUGCCUAGACGGCUUUGACGGAAAGUUUUGUGAGAUAAACAUUGACGAGUGUGCCUCUUCUCCGUGUCAAAAUGGUGGAUCAUGUACGGACGGUGUCGACUCCUUCAGCUGUGAAUGUGCUAUUGGGUACAGCGGAGAUUUCUGUGAAGCAGACAUUGACUGGUGCACACAGGGUCAGGGUUACUGUCCCUUCGGUUGGAUCUGUGAGGACAUGGUCACUCACUUCAUCUGCCAUGCAACAAGCAACAACUUGAAGUCGCUGUACCAGUGCGACAGCGACACCUGUCCCAAUGGCAUGACCUGCAUUGCCGAAGGUCCAGGUUCCUUCUCCUGCAGGGCCGGGUAACUGCGGCUCACAGGCACUCUGGGGGCCUUGGA